UGACCUAUUUUUUAGGUUUGAAUUUCUCCCCCAACUCCGUUACGACUCUCCGUCCUCUCUUCUGCAACAAAAUAUAAUUUAAUUAAAAAAAAAUCUUUUUCAAAACUUCAGGAUAUAGUAUUGCCGAAAGCCUCAAAUUAAGAAAACAGACCUGAGAAUUGUGUUUUAAUUAAAUUUUGUUUUGGAACCAGUGGGAAUUUCUAGGGUUUUACUUCAUGUACGGCGAAGCUUUAAUGUGUCAUAAAUGGAGUUUGCCUACAGCCUCUCCAUAGCCUUCAAGUCCCUUCAGCCGUUCAUCAUAGCCACAAUCAUCACCUUCCUUUCCCUCCUCGUCGCCGUCCGUUCAUUCUUCAAGAGGCCCCGCAAAUCAAACGCCUCUGGUCCCUCCGCGUCAUCCGGCAAAGACGAAACCAAAGGAGCCACACCCUCGUCCUCCUGCAACUGUUCCCUCUCCCGCAACGGAAAUUCCGAUUCUGAGGCGUUCGUUCGCGGCGUUGCCGGUGCUCCGGUUGAGGGAAGUAUGGUGACCGCGGAUGUUUCCAAUGUAGUGGCCGAGAGACAGAACGGGGCGUCGAUGAUGGAGCAGUUAGUGCCGGAGAUUACAACACACGCGCUCAGUUACUUGGAUUAUCCGAGCCUUUGCCGGCUCUCCAUGACGAAUUCGCUGAUGAGAAAGGCGGCCAAUGAUGAUAAUGUUUGGAAAGCGCUUUAUCACAAGGAUUUUACUUUGGAGCAAGAUACCGUAACACCAUUUAAUGGGUGGAAGGCAUACUAUGCGGCUACAAGAGCCGUAAUGAAUGUUAAUACCGAAUUCUUUAACAUCAUCAGAGAUAGGUCUCUUCCAGGGAUGAUUCGUUUUUGGCUCAAUGCGGAUUAUGUAAAGUGUGUUCAUGCAUCUGGAGAACUUUUUUCAGGAUAUAAUGCGGUAAUAUUCAGUUGGCACCUAGCAUUUAAUUUGCAGCAAGGGGUUGAUUUUCAUGUUACAGAUGUUCGAGCCCGGGUAUUGACAGACAUGGCUUGGGUUACUAUGAAAACCUAUGUUGACAUGGAUAAUAGCGCAUUUAACAUGACUAACGUCUUUGAGUUCCAUCAUGGACGGUGGUACCUUGUGCAUCAUCACAGCUCAGUUUUGCUCACUGAUGGUGAUAUGGAGCAACAUAAUGUUAAUGGAUAACAGAAAAUGAAGAGUUAAUAGAAAGUGCAUAUUUUUAGGACUAGCCUUCAUAACAGACACUAGCAGUUAAUUUAUUAGCAAAAGCAAAGUUUGCUUGAAAUUUCAAUCAAAGGUCCAUCUUUCUCA